UUUCAUUUGGGAAUUGUGGGAAUUUCCUGUGGGAAUUGGGGGAAUUUCCUCUGGGAAUUCUCCUUGGAAUGCUGAGCAGGAGUUGGAAGCCCUGGGCAUUCCUGGUUUUUGUCCUGCCUUGGGGUUUGUUUUCCAAGAGCAUCCAAAGGGUUGGAUGGGACAGGAGGAGCUUCCUGGUGGUCCCAGAUUUUUGGGAAGACCAUGGGAAAAAAAUUGGUGGAAAAACAAUUGAGAGUUCUUGAUUUUGGAUUGGGACUGGAAACUAUUCCAGGGAAAAUUCUGGGAUUUUUCCAAGUGCCAGGAGAACUGGAGAAGGAUUUGGGAUAAAGGAUGGAAUGAUGGGAAAAGAGAGAAUGCCAGAGUGGCAUGGAUGGGAUAUUGGGACAGAAUUCCUGACUGGGAUGGAAUUCCCAGAAUUUCAUGGCUGCCACAUCCCAGGAAAUAUCCAAGACCAGAUUGGAGCAAACUUUUCCUCAUAUUCCCCAUUUUUCUUCUUCUGGAAGCGGUUCCAUUUCUCCAAGUGCUCCAUGAUUCCCUCCCCAUUUUCCUUGAAUUCCCAAUUUUGCUUCCCAACGCUGCAGGAAUCGUGGGAUGUUGUGGUUUUCCUGCUUCCCGUGCUCUCAGCUGAUUGUUCCCCGUGAAUUUUCCAUUCUUGGCAAUUUUCUGUGCCCUGAGCUCUGAGCUCAUUUCCUGCUCGCCGUUUUUCCGGAGAGCCGCGGGAAUGAGGAAGUUCCGGAACUUUCUGCGCAUCCGGAACUGCUGGGAAGGGAGCGAUCCCAAAGCGCUGCUCCUGGGAAAAGGGGAUUUUUGGGAUUGGAAUCCCAGGAAGUGCAGCUGGGCCCGAAUUCCAACGAGAGGGACGGGAAUGAGAGAAGCCAUGUCCACAGCUGGAAUUUUGGGAUCGCUGCUCCAAGUGGAGGAAAACUUCUCCUCCUGCCUGGCCCGGAUUGAUGCCCUCAUCCUCAAACCUCUGCUCCAGGCAGAACCCCAUGAUCCCAAGGAAAAGGAGAAUUUCCAGCUCCUGGUGCUCCUCAACGAUCGCUUCCAAGCCCUCUGGAAUUUCACAGAGGAGAAUUCGCGGAUCCUGAGGGAAAAAUGCGGCAGCUCCGACUCCGGCGGGAUCCAGGAUUUUUACAUCCUCUGGAAAGGAGAUCUUUUCCUCAGCCUCUACAUCCAGUAUUUCGUCACCUUCGCCAACUUUGUCGUGGUCCAGGGCUUCGAGCGGGCCAGCAAGAGCAAGAGCGAGGCCUGGAAGCUGCACAAGGUGGUGCUGAAGGAAUUCCUGCGGGAUUUCAUCUCGGAGAGCUCCCUGGCACCCGCCCUGCACGCCGCGCUCCACAAACCCUUCCGGGAGCACGUCCAGAGCCACCUCCAGCUCCUGUCCCAGCUCCAGGGGCAGCUCCAGCAGGGAUCUGAGCAGGAUGUGGUGGCCGCUGUCAUCCGGGAAUUCAGGAAGCUGGAAUCUUUCAUCAGCCAGGUCCUGGAUGAAGCCUGCUUCACCAAGGAGCUCUGGAAAUCCUUGGGCUACAAAUUCACUGACGUGCUGUGUGUCCCUGAGAGGAGGCUCCUGGAGGACAGCAGGAACCUUCCCAUCGCCUCCGGCAGCUCCCGCUCCGAGCGGCUCCUGCUCUUCGACGACGUCCUGGUGCUCAUCCAGGGAAACAGCUUCCAGAGUUUUGAUCUCAAGCUGGUGUGGGUGGAUGAAAACUGUGGAGAGAAAUCGGCUCCAGGAUUGUACAACCUGCGCAUCACAACCCCAGAAGAGACGUUUGUCCUCUCCACCAAGGACCCCCAGAUGAAGGCGGUGUGGCGCUGGAAGCUGGAGCAGGCUGUGCGCCAGGCGCUCCACGGGAAGCGGGAUUUUCCGCUCUGGGGCCGCAGCGGCGAAGGCAGCGAGCCCCCGGCGCGACGCUUCUUCACCUACGCCUUCCGCACCGAGGGGCGGCUCCGGGGGGCCACCUACGAGGGAGAGUGGCUCUGGGGGAAGCCCCAUGGCAAGGGGACGCUGAAGUGGCACGAUGGACGCAACCACGUCGGGGAUUUCCAGGAGGGCCUGGAGCAUGGGUUUGGGAUCUGCCUGGUCCCGCGGCGCUCCGAGGAUCGCUACGACUGCUACAAGUGCCACUGGUACCAGGGCAAGAUGCAGGGCUAUGGAAUCUGUGAGUAUGGGAGUGACCUGGUCUACAAGGGCUACUUCAAGGACAACGUGCGCCAAGGGUUUGGGAUCCUGGAGAACUUCUCCACAGAUCGUCCCUUCAAAUACACGGGACAGUGGGAAAACGACAAAAAGAACGGAUACGGAGUCUGGGAAGACAGGGAGAGAGGGGAGAGGUACAUCGGGAUGUGGUUGGAUGACCUGAGACACGGAGAGGGCGUCGUGGUGACCCAGUCGGGACUCUGCUACCAGAGGACAUUCCAUGCGGAUAAAAUGGUGGGUUCAGGAAUCCUGCUCCUGGAAGACGACUCCGUCUACGAAGGGAACUUCACGGAAGAUCUGGCAUUUGUUGGAAAGGGGAAGCUGUCCUUGGCCAACGGGUUCGUGCUGGAGGGGACGUUCAGCGCGCGUGGCGGCCGAGGGCUGCACACCCGCGGCGUGCUCAACACCGGCAGCGAGCCUCGGGAGCCGCGGCCACCAACCCAGCUGGGCCUCAAGGAAUUCCCAGUGGAAAAGAGAUGGACGGGAAUCUUCGAGCAAUUCCAGGAAUUCCUCCAUUCUGGCUGCAAGGAGGAAAUGGAGGAAUCUUUCACGGGAUUCCACAUCCAGUCCAGCAAGGAGCUGAGGAAAUCCCAGGAAUAUCUGUUCUGCCAAAGAGGCACUGAGGAGAUCUCCGAGGAUAUCCUGGAAGAACUCGUCCAGCACCAGGAGCUGCCGUCGCUCCAAAGUUACUUGGAGAAGGCACUGAGAUCUUCCCUGCAUCCCUUGGGAAAGCUGCUGAGGGCUCUGAGCACGGCGUUCCAGGCCACGUAUUCCGGGAUCGGAGCCAACCGGCACCUGCUGGCCAUGGCACAGGAGGAGGUCAAGUUCUACGCCAAGAAAAUUUGGGAAUUCUACCAGGGUUUGCUGGGGCUGGCCCUGGAGCAGAGGGGCCGAGCGCCCUCGGAGGAGGCGGAUCCCAGUCUCCAGAAGGGCUCCAGCCUGGUCCUGCCGCUGAUCCUGCCCACCUUCUACCCCGAGCUCUCCAUGCUCUACAUGCUCCAGCACCAGCGCCAGGACGAGCUCUACUGCCAGGGAAUCGUGGAGCUCAGCCUCUUCUCGGACAUCCAGCUCCUGGAAUUCCUGGAUGUGCAGAAGCACCUGUGGCCUCUCAAGGAUCUCACCCUGACCUCCAACCAGAGGCGCUCCCUGGUCAAGGAUAAAUGUUUCCUGUCUGCCACCGAGUGUCUGCAGAAGCUCAUCACCACAGUGGAUCCCAGGGAGAAGCUGGAAAUCCUGCGGAAAACCUACGAGGAGCUGGAGCGCACGGUGUCCCGGCUGCUGGAGCAGGAAUUCCGGCUGCCCAUGGAUGAUCUCCUGCCCCUCCUCAUGUUCGUCGUGUCCCGAGCCAAGAUCCAACACCUGGGAGCUGAAAUCCAUCUGAUCCGGGAUUUGAUGGAUCCCACCAACCAAGGGGGAAUGUUGGACUUUCUGCUGACAGCACUGGAGUCGUGCUAUGAACACAUCCAGAGGAUCCGGCUGCAUCCAAAGGAAAGCUCCCACAGCUCCUGAUCCAGAGGGAAAAUCCUCCUUUUCCUGAACUGGGAAAAGUGGGAAUUGUACCCUUGGCUGCCUUUAAAGGGAAGAAAUCCUCCCCAGCCGAGGUUUUCCUGAUCCCAAACACACUGGAAAGGCUGGAAUUUCCAUCUCUGACAUUUGGGAAUUUUUUCCCAAGCAGAGAAGAUUUAUUAUAUUUUUUUAUCCCCUUUUUCCACAAAUUCCCAGG